AUGCCGCACUCUGAGAGGUCUGGCGAGAGGAGACCCUCGCAAUCCAGAGGAAAUCGCCUCAGCUCAUUUUUCUCUCCGUCCGCGAAGACCAACCAGCCCACCGCUCAGCAAGCCCUAAUGGCCAUGCAAAACAAUUCCAGUCCUCCUAUCACUACCUCUAGCCUGUCAUUGCCCUCUAUUUCACUUUCUACGGCCACCGGCGGCGAGCCUCAUAACGAUGAGCCGCCCACCACCUUAUUCCAGCCACCCGAUUCAACCGAAAUUUCACGUCAGAAGCGAUUCGACGCUCAGUUCGGCCCGUUGGUUCAUCCAAGCCACCGCUACGUGAGCAAGCAUCAAGGAGAACCUCUCGAGACCCCUGUCAUUGAUGAGCCGCCUUACUACUAUGUCCUGACUACCUAUAUCAGCUAUCUACUUCUUCUUGCUCUCGGCCACAUAAGGGACUUUUUCGGAAAAAGAUUCAGUAAAAAGCCGACGUAUAAGACCAUCCGCGCAAACGAUGGUUACGCCCCUUUGAACGACGAUUUCGAUAACUUUUACACCAGGAGACUCAAGAUGCGUAUCGACGAUUGCUUUGCAAGAACAAGUACUGGCGUUCCAGGCCGAUAUAUCAACCUCUUGAACCGUGUCUCGUACGACUUCAAUGAAACAUACAAGUAUGUUGGUGGAACAACGGAGACGUUAAACAUGAGCUCAUACAAUUACCUCGGAUUUGCACAGUCUGAAGGUCCUUGUGCUAAUGCCGUUGAGGAAUGCGUCAAGAGAUACGGUCUCAGUUUCUGUAGCCCACGCGCCGAUUCGGGUACUUCGGAUCUCGUCUGUGAAGUUGAGAAAGAGGUCGCAUCCUUUGUCGGGAAGCCCGAUGCCAUGGUGUUCUCGAUGGGUUUUGUUACGAAUGCCAGCUCAUUUCCUGCACUUGUCUCCAAGGGUUGCCUUAUUCUUUCUGACGAGCUGAAUCAUGCCUCAAUCCGACUAGGAGCCCGUCUUUCUGGAGCUGUCAUUCGCUCAUUUGGUCAUAACGACAUGGCCGAUCUAGAGAGACGGUUACGUGAAGCCAUCGCCCAAGGCCAGCCUCGAACCCACCGCCCUUGGAAGAAGAUUCUGGUUGCCAUUGAGGGAUUAUACUCCAUGGAAGGUACUAUGUGCGAUUUACCCGGUGUCCUAGCCCUCAAAGAUAGGUACAAGUUCGCCCUAUACGUUGACGAAGCCCACAGUAUCGGUGCUCUUGGUGCCAGGGGCCGUGGCGUUUGUGACUACUUUGGCAUUGAUCCCAGCAGGGUGGACAUCUUGAUGGGCACCUUGACAAAAUCCUUCGGUGCUAAUGGUGGUUAUGUUGCCGCUGACAAGCAUAUCAUCGACAAACUUCGGAGCUCGAACGCUGCUACUAUGUUGGGUGAAUCACCGACUCCUGCUGUCCUGAUGCAAAUCAUGGCAUCGUUAAAGAUCAUCUCCGGCGAGCUGGUACCUGGUCAAGGCGAAGAGCGGCUACAGCGCAUUGCUUUCAACUCUAGGUAUCUUCGUCUCGGCUUGAAGCGUCUCGGUUUGAUCGUCUAUGGCCAUGAUGAUUCGCCUAUCAUCCCUGUCGCUCUGUACAACCCAGCCAAGAUAUCUGCCUUCAGUCAUGAAAUGCUCAAGCGUAAUAUUUCGGUUGUCGUUGUUGGAUAUCCUGCAACGCCUUUGAUCAGUUCCCGUGCCCGGUUUUGUGUCUCAGCUGCCCACAACAAAGAUGACAUGGACCGUCUUCUAGCUGCCUGUGAUGAAGUCGGAGAUAUCCUGCAACUCAAGUUCUCCACCGGUGUCGCAGGGGGUCUGAAGCCUCUACCGGAUGGUGUUGCCCCGGAGAAUGAAAAGGCGUGGCGUAAAGCUAGUGGGCUGGAAGGCGUCAUCGAGCCACCACGGUGGUCACUCGAAGAGGUCAUCGCCCGCGGCGCAGAAGAUGCUAAGGUCAGGUUACGGUAG